AUGGAUAGCAAUUCGAACGAAGAGGAGGCAGACCUCUACGACCUGCUGCAUCUUACACGCUCGGCAACUGAAGCAGACAUAGCAGCAAGCUACCGCAAACUCGCUCGCCUAUUUCAUCCAGACAAAGCAGCAGAGGGGGCCCCCCAGCCCCAGGGGCCCCCUGGGGGGCCCCCUGGGGGGGCCCCCAGUACCCUGCCUACAGCAUUUGUGAGACUAAACCGCGCAUACUCUGUUUUGAAGCAUCGGCGGCUGAGAGAGAUAUAUGAUUCACAGGGUAUGGAGGGCGUCGAAGUAGCGGAGCGGCUGCUAAGAGAUGAAGAAGCAAAAACCCUUCAACUCGCUGUACCCGAUUCGAGCGAGAGCCUGCAAGAGCGCGUUGCUGCUGCGCUUCGGCAGCAGCGAGAGCAGCAGCAGCAGCAGCAGCAGCAGCUGCGGAUGUCUGUCUCCAUAGAAGUCCCUGUGUCUCUUUUCUUUUUAAAUUCAUUCUAUCAACGUCGCCUCCUUGCUGUUCUUAAGAGACACAACCAAAGCUACAGCAACAGCAGCAGCAGCAGCAGGAGCAGCAGCAGCAGCAGCAGCAGCAGCGAGGAGGAAGACGAAGACUACAGCUUAGAAGAAAUGCAGCUGCAGCUUUAUCCUUCGCCGGGGCAUCAAAUAUCUCAAGAAGAAAAAACGCGAAACACACAUCUUUCAGAUGAGGCUUAA